UUUUCCGCCUGGUUGGAGUGACGGUUUAAAUAUUACAGCAACAGUGUCCAUGUAACGCACCGAGCGGCUGCGCAGUUCACCUCCUCCUCGUGAUGCGUUCACGUGUCAUCCCCCUUUUUGGGCCAAAGUGAAAGUGAAAGUGCUCCACCGACCACGAAGAGGCUGCAAUUCUUUCUCCGUCUGGCGUGAGACGGGAAUGGCCGAAGCCUUUUCAACGAACUACCGGUCAAUGACGGACAUGGAGCAGGCAGACAUGACCGUGCCGUGGGAGAAAUUCUUUGUCCACGUGGCAGGAAAAACCAACAAUGCUCAUCAAGACUUUGUUAAAAAACUCAGAGGCAUUGGCAAAAAUCAGGUGUCUUCUUUUGGAGAAGGUGACUUCCUCGUGGUUUUCUGUCCCGUCGUCUCUCGAGUUGGAACGGACAUCAACGUGGCCAUGAAGGGGAUUCCAGGUAGGUCUAUGUUGAAAAUCGACCCUGAACGCGUCGUAGCUCCGAGCAGGAGACAGGUGGACGACCCGAACGUCAGGCUCACUGUGGACUGUCUGUUCCACGAGGACAGACUCCUGACGUGUGACCUCAACCGUGAAGCGUGGGCCGAGGUCCAGAAGCUCCUUGGAUCUUCCCGUCCAGUGGUUCCUCACUGGAAACGAUUCCUCAGCAAAGGAGGAUUCUGGGUCAUUGCACUUGAUUUUGCGUGGAGCUGGUGGAGCUGGUGUAGAGAUCGGCUGGCCGGAUGGGGUGUAGCUGUUGGUGCCGGUGCAAUGGAGGGAGCUGGUGGUGACAAGGGCAGGAAGGAGAGGGUGUAGCUGGUGGAGGCAGGAGCAGGAUGGAGGGGGCGGAGCUAGUGGAAGGGGUGGAGCUAGUGGUGAUCUUUGUGACAGCCCACCUUGUUGAAGAGAACCAGAAGAAGAUCUGAGAGGGCUGCCGCUAACACGCAGGUUAAAAAUAAUAAUUGUUUCACAUUAAUAACAGAAAUAUGCUUUUAAUGUUAUUACUAUUGCAUAGUUGUGAAGGCUGAUUUAGACGAUUUUUGGUUGAAGCUUUUGAUCACGAAUAUUUCCGCUGAUAUAUCAAUACGGGGGGAAAUGAUGGAAGUAUAACAGAUGCACACAGUAAGUGUCCGGAUGAGAAAAAGAUGCAAGUAAAGAGCCAACAUAAAGAAAAGAACAUUGAAAUUCACCUCCAACUUAUAACAUAAAACUGCCAGACGUUGAAAAGUCUCCAAGUCGAUCCUAAAACAGUGACGUCAAUGCUCAAAUGUACAUUGAAAGGAAUUUUGGAUGCUGUGAUUGUUUUACGUCGCUCCUUCAUAAAGAAUAAAUAAAAAUGAAUCCAUCAAAGCGAU